AUGGAGAAGAAUCACGCCAUACAGACUGUCAUGGUCAGACCAACAGAACUAAUGGAGGAAAGCCUUGAGAAGGAAUUCGCCACCAGUACCACUGCACACGGCUUUGCCAGGGCAGCGGCGUCUAAAAGCAUCUGUAGAAGGAUAGCCUGGGUGGUGUUCAUUUUAGCAGGAUUGGGGAUGGCCACGUGGAUGAUCAGCCUGCGCUUAAUCAACUACUUUACUUACUCCACAUCCACGGAGAUAAAAAUCACCUUUGAACCUAGGCUGGCGUUCCCGGCAGUUACCAUAUGUAACUUCAACAGGUACAUGAAGAAAUUCCUGACAACAGCCGACUAUUACGUCAUACAAGCGACAAGUGCGUCGUCAGAUUACUACGAAAACUAUUACAAUAAUUACGAUGGUUACGGCAGCUACGAUUAUGGAUCGUCGAGUUAUUCCGGACCGUCGGGCUCUUCCGGAUCGUCGGGCUAUUCUAGCAAUUCGGACUCAACCGGAUCGUCGGGAUAUUCUAGCAAUUUGGGCUCUACCGGAUCUUCGGGCUAUCCUGGGCCUUCGGGCUCUGUUGGAUCUUUGGGUUCUACUGGAUCUUCGAGCUAUCCUGGACCUUCGGGAUACGCCGGUUCCACGGACUCUACCGGAUCUACGGGCGAUACUGGGUCAUACCGUUCUACUGGCAGUUACGACUCCUCUGCCCAGUCCGGCAAUGAUGUUUCCUCCAGAUCAGCUACUUCCAAUGGAAUGUGGGCGAAUAUAUCAGAGCUGUAUCCAAACGGAUUCGAUUUUGGGAACUUCAGCAUGGAAAAGGGCUGGCAAUUGACCAAUGAAACUGUACUGGAAUGUGAGUUUAAGGGAAGGUCGUGUGACCUUGACAAGGAUUUCCAACAUGUCUUCUCUUCCUAUGGGAACUGUUAUACCUUCAACGGCGAACUCCAUGCGAGGAGAUCGAGAUAUCAGGACCAACCGGGGCUUGGUAACGGCCUGCACUUGGUUCUUAAUGUAGAACAGAACGAAUAUUUGGACGAUGUUCCCGACGAAACGGAACAAAUUGGGAUUGUAUUUCAAGUCCAUUCACAGUAUGAGCCGCCACUAAUGGAAACUAAAGGGUUGGGAGUUUCUCCAGGAUUUCACGCCUUUGCCGGGUUGAAACGAUUGCAGACCGUCAAUAUUGAGCCGCCAUGGGGGAAGUGUAACAAAUCUCUGCGUCUGGAUCAUUACCCCCAGUACACGUUCUCUGGGUGUAUCAUUGAAUGUAAACUUCAGAAGACUGUGGAAAAGUGCGCCUGCAAACCUUUAGAAUACCCAGGUUCCUAUCCUGUGUGCAGCCCGCGGGAAAUGCAAGAAUGUGUACGAGAAGAAAUGCGUGUCAUAAACCAGGACUUUUCUAAGCAUUGUUCUGGGUGCACUGUGCCGUGUAACAGUACCAACUACAACAUACAGCUGUCUUACGUGGCCCUACGGAAUGCUACACUGCACCAUAAGUAUGGGAAGCAUAUUAAUCCAUCAGGGUAUAGCGGAGACUACAUCCAGUAUGGGCAAUCUUCUGGCGCUUGA